AUGGGGAAAUCCAAGGGAGAUGAUAGAAAGAAGGAAGGUAGGAAGUCUUCUCGGCACAAACUUCCGGGGAAGGAAGGAAAGACAGGAAGUAAAAAGAUUGUUCUGAGAAAAAAGCCAUGUCCCAUCCAAGGAAUAGAGUUACAAGAUGCCACAAAGAUAGAGAAGGAUCUUUUAAUGCAUGGGACCAUCAAGGACAAGAUCGAUGUUCUUACGUUGCUAGUUGAGAGGAAUCCAUCUCCAGAAAACUAUAAGGCCCUUCUUGCAUUUUGCGAAAAUCAGAGAAACGAUGUUCACUACUACGUCCUCAAGAACAUUCAAGAUCUUCUUAUAUCCAAGAGGGAAGUUGAAAAUCCUUACAUUAAGCAAAGAAUCAUAAAGUCGUUUGAUGUCAAUCUCCGGAACCAGUACAUUAAGAAGAAGGUUGCAAGACUGGUGCACAAACUGCUUGAGGAAGGAGUUUUAUUUGUGAAUCUGGUUCAUCUGUUCAUCAACAAGCUGGGAGACAAGAGAGACAUGUCGGACUAUGUGAUUGAUAAGCUAAAUCUGUUGGUUCCUGGGAAUGAGGAGAUGAUUCUCGACGGGAUAGAAGACUUCUACUUCAAAAACGAUCAAUUUAGGUCGAGGCAUGUUGUUCUAAAGUUCCUGGCAAACAUAGACUGGGAGAACAAGGUAAAGGCUUUUGAAGUAUUCGACACCAUCCUCAGAGAUUUCAACGAAAAUAUCCCCGAGGAACAUCGGAACAUUCUACUGGAGGACCUAAUUGUCGGGCUGGGAAAAAACAUGACAGACAAGAAUGUCUGCAGGACAGACAUAAUAAGAAAAUCAGUACAUACCGAGAAGAUGAUAUUCUAUGGGGCAAAGGCAUUGUCUAAUUCCAAGGACCCCGAAAUACUCGUGUUCUUCAAAAAUGCAAUCAAGUCGCAUAGAAUGAGAGGUUCGAAACUUCUACCGGAGUUCCUUAAUAUGAUCCAUGAGACUGCAUCUAUGCACAGAGAUAUCGAGUUCUAUAGAUUUCUCUUGGAAACAUCUCUCUUAUACACUCCGGAGUAUAUAAUAUCGAUAUUGAUUAUAUGUUCUGAGGCUAGGAAGGAGGGACUAGGAGGAUUCGACAACAUUUAUAGUCUCCGGGUGCUUGCCUUACACUAUCAUGACGUGGUGCGGAAGCUUAGUCUUCAGCUUAUUGGCAACGAGAUGAUUCUUCCAUUUGAUCCAUUCGACAGGAUGAGCCUUUUAAAUGCCGAGAUGAUGUGUGGGGAUCUGUGA